CACGUGCGCGUGUGGUGGGGACAGUGUGGGGAUUUGUAUUUAUAUACACUGGGGAUUUGCAAAAUGCAAUGGCCUUGGAUUCGCACGGGUUUCGAAUCCCAAGGCUCUAAAUACUAUCUGUCAUUCUAAUACAUCGAAUCUAAAGUGUAUUUCAACUCACCUGUUCAACUCACCUGUUUGGGGUUCCCUUGGUCUGAGAGUAGCCAAAAUGAAUGCAGGGAUGGGGAGAAGGGAAGGAACCCGCAUAGAAAGAGCUCGCCCGAUGGAUGAGAACACAUCCAAACGGGAAAGUGAGCCCACAAGUGCCAAAUGAAUGAGUUUACAAGAGUGACAAGAUACAAACAGCAACAUUAUAAUCGGAACACAGUUAACGGUCGUGGGACACAAUUCAUUUAGAUACGCACUAGAGACUAGUAUACAAACAGGGUAUCACCCAGUGUCGCAGAUAACAUGGAUUUGAACCUGGUUAAAUCUGGUUCAGACACUUCAAUUUCAAUUUAUAGUCGCCAUGGAAAAGUGAAGGCCCGGGGACUGUCUGCAAUUUGCAUCAAUAAAUAGAUAAGCUUCUCUUGCGAUACGGGCGAGCCAUUCCUGCCCGAGGCCUGGCUGACGUGAGCUCCACUGGCUGCAGGCGGUACCGGGCGGACGAACGGAAGCCGGACGAUGGACGAGCCGGCGCUGUUCUCCGAGUUUCCGUUUCUGGUCCGGCUUCGCUCCACCGGCGGAAUGGUGCUGAAAGGUCAUCUGGUGGCGGGGGGUCGGUGGUGGCCGCUGGUGGUGAGUGCGCCGCACUACCCGGACCUGCGUCACCUGAGGAUCACUACCGGCACGGAGAACUCGGCGGAGCAGCCCGAGUCGCCGGAUUUGUCUCGGUGCAGUUCGGUGUAUGAAGCCGUCAAGCUAUAUCGAGACAGCCUGUCGUCCCGGCCGCCGCCGCCGGACGAUGGCGCCACCAUCGCCGACGAGGACGACUCGGCGGUGUCCGCUCUGCGCAGUCACAUGACCGUCCGGCGGCAGCUGCGCGAGCUGGGCACUCGUCACGUGACCUCCUCGGCCAGUGACCUCAGCUGGGUCACACUCAGCACGCUGGACCGCUCGGCCCGGCGGCACGCGAUGACACUGAACCUAGCCGCCGACUACCCGGCCUCGUGUCCGCGGAUCUCAGCCGACCUGCCGGUCGAGCUCACCGUCUCCUGGCACAAGGGCAGCACUCUGCUGGACAUUUACCAGCGCUUUGAGGAGGCGGUGGACAAGUACCAGGAGUUUUGGACGGCGCUGGACCGGCUGGACGCUCAGCUGUGGGUGGUGGACCCCGAGAGCCCCUCCAGACGAGACACACGACGGCGCAUCGUCAUCAGCAGUCAGCUAUCCCUGGAGGUGACUGUGGAUCCCCUCUACCCGUCGUCAGUGCCCGGCUGUCGGUUUCUGGGAGCGGAGACGGCUGCCGCCGCUCUUCGAGACAAACUGGCCAGAGAGAUUGACUCGUGGGACGAGUACGAGGGUCUGGUGGAGAACCUGGAACGGCUGCUCUCCGUCGAGUUCGUGCGUCGUUCGGCGGCCGGCGUCGGAGGGGAGGCGGCCGGCGAUGGUGGCGCCAUCGCGGUCGACUGCGGCAUUUGUUACAGUUAUCGGUUGGAGGGAGAGACGCCAGAGCGGUGCUGUGACGACGCCCGCUGCGGCCAGCCCUUUCAUACGUCCUGUCUGUACGAGUGGCUGCGGGCGCUGCCCAGCACGCGGCAGACCCUGCGAACGGUGUUCGGCGAGUGUCCAUAUUGUUCUACGCCCAUUUCCUGUGAAAUACCAUCUGGAUGAUGGACUGGGACUUGGUUCGGUUGGCCAACACCAGCCUCUCAGCGACAUGUGAUCGAUUCGCGAUGUGCCUGGCUGUCGGUCAAAGACAGCCAGGCAAUCAUCUGCCUUAUCUUCAGACUUGACCAUGUUGUGAUAACUGUUGUGCGAGUAGCGUGAUAAUGUGUAGGAAACAGUGUACCCAAAUACAGUACGAUGUAAUGCAAAACAAA